AUGUCGGGCAGCGCGGUGAAGAAGAGGAGCUCGGCGGGCUCCUCCGCCUCCUCGCUGGCGCAGGAGGAGGAGAAGCAGGCGAUGGAGAAGAUGCUGGAGCCGGUGGCGGGCGGCGGCGGGGCGCAGGAGAACGGCUGCGCCCGGCCGCCCUCGCCCUGCGCCGCCGCCGCCGCCGACGAGGGGGUGGCCCUGCAGCGCUCCAUCACGCUGCUCAACGGCGUGGCCAUCAUCGUGGGCACCAUCAUCGGCUCGGGCAUCUUCGUGACCCCCACGGGCGUGCUGCGGCAGGCCGGCUCGCCGGGGCUCUCGCUGGUGGUGUGGGCCGUCUGCGGGGCCUUCUCCAUCGUGGGCGCGCUGUGCUACGCCGAGCUGGGCACCACCAUCACCAAGUCCGGCGGGGACUAUGCCUACAUGCUGGAGGUGUACGGCUCGCUGCCCGCCUUCCUCAAGCUCUGGAUAGAGCUGCUCAUCAUCCGGCCCUCCUCGCAGUACAUCGUGGCCCUGGUCUUCGCCACCUACCUGCUCAAGCCCAUCUUCCCCACCUGCCCGGUGCCCGACGAGGCCGCCAAGCUGGUGGCCUGCCUCUGCGUCCUGCUACUCACAGCAGUGAACUGUUACAGUGUGAAAGCUGCUACUCGUGUUCAGGAUGCCUUUGCUGCAGCAAAACUGCUGGCGCUGGCACUGAUCAUCAUUCUUGGCUUCGUUCAGCUUGCAAAGGGCGAUGUGACAAACCUGACUCCUGAACAUUCCUUUGAAGGCACAAAAGUCGAUGUGGGGAGCAUCGUGUUGGCCUUGUACAGUGGUCUCUUUGCCUAUGGAGGAUGGAAUUACUUGAAUUUUGUCACAGAAGAGAUGAUAAAUCCUUACAGAAACCUGCCUCUGGCUAUCAUCAUCUCACUACCUGUAGUCACUUUGGUUUAUGUGUUGACAAACUUGGCUUACUUCACAACCCUGUCGACGGAGCAGAUGCUGACGUCCGAAGCUGUGGCUGUGGACUUUGGGAACUAUCACCUCGGUGUCAUGUCCUGGAUCAUACCUGUGUUUGUUGGCUUAUCGUGCUUUGGAUCUGUUAAUGGAUCUCUCUUCACUUCUUCCCGGCUGUUCUUCGUGGGAUCCCGAGAAGGACACCUACCGUCAAUCCUGUCUAUGAUUCACCCUAGGCUUCUGACUCCAGUGCCAUCCCUCAUCUUUACGUGUGUCAUGACCCUGCUCUAUGCCUUCUCCAACAACAUUUUCUCAGUCAUCAACUUCUUCAGCUUCUUCAACUGGCUGUGCGUGGCUCUGGCCAUCAUUGGCAUGAUGUGGCUGCGUUACAAGAAGCCAGAGCUGGAAAGGCCCAUCAAGGUGAACAUCUGCCUGCCCAUUUUCUUCAUCCUGGCCUGCUUGUUUCUCAUCGCUGUUUCCUUCUGGAUGACACCAAAGGAAUGUGCAAUUGGUUUUGCAAUCAUCUUCAGUGGGAUCCCCGUUUACUUCUUUGGGGUCUGGUGGCAAAACAAGCCCAAGUGGAUUCUCCAAGGCAUCUUCUCCACAACUGUCCUGUGCCAGAAACUGAUGGAAGUGGUUCCACAAGAAUCAUAAGCAGGAAGAGCAGAGACAUUCAGCUUGAGGAAACGCACAAUAUUAUUUUAAGACGACAUAAGAAGAAAAUGCAUCUGAUCCCUCGUAAACGAAACCUAGGCGCUGGAGCACCCCGUCAGAGCUGCUUCACGUCUGAUGCCAUACCACCUGCUCUGCCUUGCCUCCUCCAGCUUCCCCGUCACCACCUUUUAGCCUGGCAGAUGAGCAAUCCCGUGAUGAAAAGUUCUUAGUACAAAUGUGGGCCAGGAUGGGGAACUUUCUUGCCUGCUGGCAACUUCAAAGGGGUCCAGUGUGUCUGGCAGCGGGGAGUCCCAUCAGCCUGUGUGUGCAUGAUGUUGAGGACUGUACCUAGUUCUGUGUAGGCUUACUCAUUUUAUAAAGCUACAGUUAGCAAUGAGCUGCAUAUCCUCAGGGCUGUCGCGGAACUGCUUACAGUCACAGUUUUAGUAUUGUCAGCUAAAUGAACAGGCCGCCAUCAGGAGCUUGGACUGCACACCGUAACACAGCUGCAAGGCGCUCUUGAGCUGGACCCAUUUGACCUAGCUGGCCAAGAGAGGUGUGUGAAAAGCAAAGAUUGGUAAAGGGCUUUGGCUGAUGUCCGCUUGUGUGGCAUGCACACACACACACACACACACACUCAUACAAAAAUACAUGCUGAAUGCUUGUAUGAAGUGCCACUCACAGUGAUUUAUGUGAGACACGGCAGAGCAGAAUUAGUGUUGCAGUGCUGCAGAAAGGGUGUGGGGGGCCACAUUUGACUUUCAUUCUGUUCCUGAAAAUAGCACUCUGGGCCCCCCUCAGCUGCCUAGCAUUUAGCUCUUAGGUCCAUGCCAUCUCCCAGUUACUGAGCUGCCAUCCAGGCUGGUUCUCCUGGGUUGCUCUUCACCAGAAGGCCCCCCUCACACCUCUGUGAAUUAGCACAAGCAUCAGGUACAGGCCUAAGAGUGGAGCUCCACCUAGUAAACCCAGGGAAUUGCAAGUAGCAUUGCUCAUUCCAUAUUUUUUUUUUUUUUUUGUAGACUGGCUGCCAUCCAACAUCGGUUGGUUGGGCACUGUGUUGCUCUCCAAGUGGCCC